CAGAGACUUUUCCAAACAUCAUUCAGUCUUUACAAAUCAAAGCGUGUGUACGAACGAAUUAAACAGCGGUAAAAUUAAGAAAUAAAUUAUAAAUUACGAUUAAAAAUUGGGGAGAAAAAAGUUCAGUUACGUUCUAAUUACUUUUAAAACGUGAAUUUAACUCAAGUUCAUAAGAAUAAGAAAAAGAUUUUGUGAAUAAAAAUCAUAAAUAAAUUAAAGAAAACGUGAGAUAAACAGAGUGAAAUGACUACCUCAAUUACAAGCCUCUUGCAAACUUUACGCAUUGUGCCCAUUGUGGGCCAAAAGCAGACAGCUCAACAGCCUCCCCUCAAAGUUCUAACCGCUCAAAAAGCCACUUUACCUGAAAUAUGUCUGGAUGCUGUGGCCCACCAUGAUGAUUAUUGUGAUUGUUGGGUCGUGAUCUACGAUCGUGUGUAUGAUGUAACAAAUUUCUUACAAGAUCAUCCUGGCGGCGCUGAUGUUAUAAUGGAUUAUGCAGGACGUGAUGCAACUUUGGCAUUCCAUGGCACGGGUCAUUCACGUGAUGCCAUCGAACAAAUGCGUGAUUAUUUAAUUGGAGAACUACCCGAACAUGAGAAAAUAUUCCGCUGUACAAAUGGUCAAGUUAUAAAGACUGGUAUACCCGAAUAGUGUUAUUAAUAGUGAAUAGAAAA